AUACUUGGUGGUUGUCAAGGGAACGCGCGACGCUCUGUAAAGGAGGAGGAUUUCGUUCCGGACUUCUGGGGUUUCUCAACGGGGGUCUGUACCCCGAGUGGGCUCAGUUAAUAAAAGGUCUGGGAUUUCUUUUCCAGGCACCACUGAACUCGUUCCAUUACUGCAGGAUACAAUGGCAUCAGUGGGACAGAUCCAGGCAGUUCCUAGUGGUAAAGUCUACAGGCAACUUUUUGAUGCUGAGGUUCAGCUUGUGCGGUCCCUCGAAGAGGCUCGUGCUAGAGCGGUGCAUCAAGGAGGUGCAGUGGACACUGGGAACAUUCCUGCAAUCAGAAGCCAGGAUAACAACACAGCAUUGCCUGAGUCUCAUCACCAAAGCAUGGAUAAAAUGACCCCACCUACUAGGAUAAAGCAGGAAACUGAGGCUGAAAUUGCAGCAAGAGAAGUGAGAGGCCUUUCUGAUGUCAUUGUUCCUGAAAAGAAAGAUACCGGUAUUCUUCAGCGGAUUGCUGCAAACAGACUGCAAGGGCAUGAAGUGGCAGUGUCCAACCUCCACAGGGAAUUGGCUGAGAUCAGCAAAGAGAUGGAGCUAUUAGUAUUGGAAGCGGGAAAGCACCUGCAACAAAAGAUAUUGGAAUCAGAUGCAAAUAUUGAACUUUCUUUUCAGAAACUAGAAACUGCUAACGAAAGCACAAACAUGAAGAUAAUAAAUGAGACUUGGGAUGCAGUGACAGAAGAAUCUGCCUGUACACGGCUGUACAUCAAAAAAACCAAAAUCACUUUAUUGGCCCUAGAAGAAAAGAGAGUGAAACAUAUUUCUGACGUUUUAAAGAAAUACACAUCCCUCUUAAAGGACAUCUGCCAUCUCAUGCCUUCCGAUGUGUACAGAUUUAUUCAUAAUGAAGCCAUGAUGAUUAACCAGGCAAUUUUAGCUAACCACCGAGCUGUGGCUAGAUUAUCUGUAAACCUUCUGGAAGCCAAUCUAAAGAGGGAGAAUACCCAGCGCUUUCGAUGGCAGGACUUGAAGAAGGCCUGGGAGUGUUACCAGAGGGAGAAAAUAAUGAAGGGUUUCAGAGUUUUUGCUGAGAAUGAAAGGGAACAGAUACCUGCGAGUGUGAAACUAUCAGUGAAUCAGCUGACCACCCAACUCAGCUCUCUCAAUGAAAGGAGACUUCAGUUUCUGGGUUCUGCCAGAAGCUUUGUACCUCCUACUUGCACUGCAACAGGAGUCAUGGAAUGGAAUGAAUCUAUGGCCGCCCUGAACAGUCAAGCUGAGCCCAUUAACAAACACUUCUUAGAGAAGUUCGAUGAGCUGCAAGAGGAAUUUUGCAAAAAACUUGAGGCGGAAUCAAAAAGCUGCAAAGAGCAGUUGGUCAGUGCAGAUAUUUGUACCAUAGAGGAAGCUGAGGAUAUGCUAACCAAAGAACUCUGCCCAAUGACAGCACAGAUCCACAUGCAAUUUAAGGAAGAGCAAGAGAAAUGGGAAAAACUGCUGGUACAUAACUAUAAUCAAAUAGAACAUCAGACCCAGAAGUUGGCAAAAUUCUUGGAAAAUGCUGUUAAUAUAUGGGAAAUGCUGAAACUUGGCCUCUCCCAGCAAGAAAAGGCUCUGCAGCUAAAGAUGGACAAGUGUCGCUAUAAAUAUGACAGUGACAGCAAGGCCAAAGAAGCAAAUUUGGACAAGAUACUGGACAAACUGAGACAAGAGAGUACCAAGGAAACAUUACGUAGCACAUUGGGGAAAGCACUGGCAUCCUUGGAAACCAUAAAAGCAGGAUACAAGACUUUUUAUUUUGACCAAGUUGCUGUAAUGGAUUCCUACCCUGCCCUGGUGCUUGCAGAAUUUACCUCCUAUAGCUGCUCUUUAAGCAGAUAUUUUGGAAUCAAAGAAGUGUAUGGGCAGGUGAUGACGAAAGAUGGCGAGGAACUCAGUACCAGCACUACAAGUAUUCCAGCAGAUGUAGUGGUGGCUCAUUUUAAAAAGGGAACUUCUGUAAACUCUGAACUCAAUUCCUACAACUUUCCUGCAGUAGAAAGUGUUUUAAUUGAAGAACGGCUGGACAGGCCAAGAGACGAAAUGCACAACACAAGAGAAGGUAUGGAGGUGCUUGGAUCUGCAGAAUGCAAUGCCAUUAUGGUACCAGUGCAAGUUCAGAAGAGUCCCCAAGCCGCAGAGGGAGUUGAUGAGCAGAUGUCACAGGGAUCCCAGAUUCCAUUUGAGCUCUUCACAACUUCCAGAGGGAACACUUAUACUGCCUUGCUUUUAGCAUCAGAAGAUGACACUGUGGUGCCUGAGUUUCCAGAAAAACAUUUCAACACUGAGAAUAUAUUUAUGACUGAGGCAGCACAGGAAGAUACCAGUCCCUUAAAUCAUGACAUAAUGGUCAUACCAGAGGAACAGUUUAUCACUAUAAAGAAAAGCCUCCGGCUUGGAUUCUUUGAGCACCUGGAGACCUGGUUCAGUGAAACCCUUUCCAGUGCAGGGGGUAUAGUAAGUGCCAAGAAGGCAGAAUUAAGUUCAGAGUUAGAGCUUCGCUAUCACCUGCAUGAGCCAAGGAGCCAGCGGAUUGAGAUGGAUGUCCAUAAUGUCAGAGCUGCUGAGCUUAUUCUGCACUCGCAGAGAGUGGAUCGUCACUGUGAGGGGGUGAGCCAAGCACUGGCGCAGCUGAAGAGUGAGAGUUCCGUGCUUAUCGAGAACAUGAAGCAGCAGACACUUGAAUUCCGCAGCAAGAUUCGGGCCAUGGAGAACAUGUUCCUUGGUGCCAACAAAUCUGACAAGCUUGUUGCCCUGACGCAGUCUCUGCCGUCCAUCUUGGACCGUCAUGUAAGUGGGGUUCAGACUUCCAUGCGCAACUACCGGCAACAUGUAGAGGAAAUGCUGGGAAUGCUGCGUGAUACAAACUCAGACUUUAUCAAAUCAUUCAGAUUGUUCUCAGAGGGUGGAAACUUUUCUCCUGAUGAAGUGGAGACAUAUCGCAAAAAACUUCAUAAAGCGUCGGACACCAUUGCCUCUUUUGAGGGCUCCGUCAUGGUAGAUUUGGAGGGCUUGGAGUCUGUAUGUUUGGAGCAGGCGACUGAGAUUGUAAAGAAAUUUGAGGAAAAAUUCAACAUCUUAACGACAGAUGCGAUUUUCCUAGAAAACAUUCAGAAGCUGCUGACGAACCUGCAAGUGAAAAUCAAAGCUCUGGUUGUGAACAGCAACUUUCAGACACAGCAAAUCAACUCCUCUCUGGAGCAACUCCAGAAGAAGAUAGAUGCCUGUGCUCACCCUAAUAUGGAUAAAGAAACAAUCACAGCUGAUGAACUGUACUCCUUUGUGCAAAUCACCAUGGGCCAGCUGGCAAAGAGAAGUCUCUAUCUGUCCUGCCUUUUAGAGCCCAGUCAAAUACUUUCUGAGGCUCCAUUGCAAGGCCCUAUUGCGACUGCAUCACGUUCAGACACGCCGCUCCGACAAGACACCAAAGGAGCCUUCGCAACCCCUGACAACCUACUGAAUCCAAGCAGAGUGGGAAAGUUGGCUCUUGAUGAUCCUGCUUUGAGUGUCAUCAAGAACAUUAACAGAACAAAGCAGGUCAUCGAUUCACAACAGGACCAAGAGUAUGCAAGUAGCUAUCAGCGCCCAGGCACAGUCUCACGUCAGGUUGCUGCAAUAGCACCACAUCCACCAGCACAGCCGGGCAAACCUCACAUAAAGAAAAAGAAACCCCCGUCAAGCAGUGGAGAAAAUAUUGUCCAGGCUGUUCAGACAACCAGUGUCCGUAAACUUACAAAGCCCAGCAGAUUUGACAAGAAGUAUCAAGUGUUUGGGGAAAACAGAGUGGAAUCAGACGACUUCAAGGGUAUGCUGACCUCAAUACUGUGGGAGAGCAAUGACAUCUUACUGUACCUGGCUGAGGAGUUCUAUAAGAAAAAGGACAGACGAAAUAUUGGCCGGACAGAUCUUCUCCAAGAGACAUUUGAGGAGUGUGGAGAUACACUGGUGUUAAAGCUGCAGUCCUAUGAGAAACAGGCUUUGGAAUAUCAGAACAACUGUUUGCUGGAGUUCCAGGAGCAACUGGAAACUUUUGAGAGGCUUGUAAAUGAGGUGCCGCCGCUGGUCAUAGAGAGUCACCGAAGGAAACACCUGGACGACCUGCAGGUGGAAACUGACCAGAUACGGCAGCAGUUUGCCAAAGACCUGCAUCACUGGGACCAAGCAAAGGAAAUGCUGAAGAGUUUUCUGAGGCCAAAUUUAGGCCACCCAGACAGCCAGCCGGCCCUGGAGGAGCUGUGCCAGCAGGAGGAACUGAGGCAGAGAGAAGAAACAGAAGGGAUAGACUGCAACACUAAAAAAUUACAAGCCUGUGUCUCGCAGUGCACCCGGCAUUUCCUAGCGUCUCUGGCUUCCCUCACGGAGAAACUGCUGCUGGAACUGGAUGAGGCACUUACAGUCGAUGAUGUGUUACCAGCUGACUUUGAAAUCCCAAAAGAGAAACUGUCAACGCUGAUCAGGCGCAAGCAGGCAGGGCUGCCAUUGGAAAGCACAGAACACAAACCGCUGGUGGAGAGAGGCAGCAGGGUCUGGCCAGGGAUUGGUAUAGUGGAUCCUACGGGCACCAACCCAGAAGGGAACACUGCAUGCCACAUCAGCGCAUCAGUCACCACUGCAAAGACCACACUCGGCCACAUUUCAGCAGUGCACACUCGCGACUCUGCUCACUUGAGGUUUUUGCAGGAAGCAGAGGUGGAACUGAGCCGUAUCCGGGAGGAGAGUAGACAGCAGCACUUUGAUGCCCAGCGCUGGAGGGAUUGGUGGUGCCAAUCUGUGCGCAAUAUAAAAGCUCUGUACAUGGGAUGAUUAGAGGCUACCAUUCUGUACCAGUACAGUCUCAUAUGGCAAGACAGCUCUUAAAGGACUAGGAGAGCCCUAGUCAUGGUAAGGGUGCUAAAAUGUGAGGCUUCCCCCAGUAGAUAGAAUUUCUAGGACUGGUGCUCCUGCAGGAAAAAAACCACAACAGCUCAGGGAAAUUUGAUUUACAGCACUGAGGCGCCACCUUGCUGUCCCUAUCGGUUUUAGAUCCAUGCAUGAGGAGUGCCAUCAAUCAAGUCUAAGGGGACAAACCAAGUUAACAUAACAACAAUUAAUUUCCUGGGUUGGUUCAGUUAUUUUUCCCCAAACAGGAGCACCAGCUUCGGAAUAAACCAAGUGAUUCUUUUCACUGGGGAGGGGGUGCCCAAUAUGCUUUCCUUGUUCUUUAAGCACACAGUCACCUGAGCUCACUAGCACACCAUUUUAAAUAAAGCCUAUGUUUUGU